AUGGCAAACAACGCAAGUCUCAAGCCUGUCAAAGACUUGAAACCAUUUAAGACUAAAUGGCGAUCUCAAGUGAAAGUGCUACAUUCAUGGCUGCAAAACACUGGUUCUGGUGGGGAGACUCUUCAAAUGGUUCUGACCAAUGAACAAGGUGAGAAGAUUAGUGCUACGUGCAAAAGGAAUCACAUUUUGAGUGUCCAGCGAAAACUACCCCUGGGAAAAUGGUGUGUUCUCACAACGUUUUCCGUUUCGCAAGCAUCGGGCCAAUAUCGGCCAACAAGCUAUCCAUACAAGAUAACGAUCAGUGACGAAACUGUGAUAACAAAUUCUGACCUAAAUCAAGAUAGCAUCUUCCUGUCUCUUGCCAGAUACGAAGACAUCAUUGAUGGGAACUUAAAGACCAACUUCCUUAUUGAUGUUAUGGGAAAAUCAUUCGCCAAAAUCAGUUUUUACAGAGGUGAGGUGAAAAUCACAAAUGAUUUUGAUGCAUCCAUUGUUUAUCUUGAUCCAACUAUGGAGAAAGCAUUACAGUUCAAGGAGAAGCUGGUGGAAAACGAGCUUCCUCUUGCUGUUAUUGAGAAGAAAAAUGGUAAGAAAGAAAUCGUUUUACAAGAAGAUGACUGGAACAAGCUUGAGAUCAAGAUGAUUUUGGAACUCUUUGUGGAGAACUGCAAAAUCAUUUGUUCAACUGAAGCUGUUGACACUGAUUGGGCAUGGUUCUACUUUAGGCAUAAAGGUUGCAAACAUCGUGCCAUAAAACUUGCAUCAAACCAUGACGACAACCAACUUUGGCGUUGUGAGAAGUGCCAAGUUAAAAUAACAGAAGUGAUACCUGUGUUCAAGCUUCAUUUGAUUGUGAGGGAUGAAACAGAAACAUGUAAGUUGAUGUUGCUGAACACUGUUGCUAAGACCAUUGUUGGACAUGAAGCUGUUGAUCUGUGGGAUGGCUCCUAUGAUGAGAUUGAAGAUCCAGAGCUCCUACCAGAACCUAUCAGAGCUUUAGAAGGAAAAUCUUUUUGUUUUGGCAUUUCUGUGAACUCUGACAAUGCGAGGGAUGGGGCAGGAACAUUUAAAGUUCUUGAGGUCUGGUCUGGAGAUCACAUUCUUAAAGUGGAAUCUCAAUCCGAGCCAACCUCAAUGACUGGCACAUCAUCUUCUACCCUGUCUUCUGGUGCUCAUGCUGGAAGGAAACAACCAAAAUGA